AUGUCUUGUGGCAACAUUCUAAAUGAUUCGGCACCAGGUACUGGUAUGCUUGACAGGGAGGCGCUAGGUAUGGAGAAGCGGAGCGUGCAGUGUGAGGCGAGGGUGAACGCUUGCAGCACCUUGGCCUUCCUGUCACCUACGUUCAGCACAAUCUUGCGAAUGGGACGUGCAAUUCAGAGUCGAAGAUCGGUUGUUGCUGAGGUAGACCCCGGUCUGUCCCGCUUCCGUCUCGGUCAAGUGGUCGCAAUCUCUGCACAGUCUCUCGCAAGUGGUCGGUUGUCUACGGGUCGAAAAUUGCACCGCGGGAGAGGCGCUGUCGGGACACUUCACAGCAGUGCUGACACCGACCUGAUACCUGAGAGAGAAUCGAUACCUGCAUUGCGAAGAGGCAUGGUGCGGAAACCAAAAAAGGAAGCGACGCUAGUUCUAGAGCGCGAUCGGCUCGAAUCCUCGCCCCAGGAAAAAGUUGUUGUCGCGGCAACAGUUUCUCUUGGUGUCUUUGCGAUGCUUCGGAUAUUCUGGGAGAUGCAUUGCCUUCUGGCAGCCGAGACACCGCAAGCGGCACAUCUUUAUCCAGUGGUUCGCGUUGCGCUUGAGGGCGCUACAGCUCUCUUCGCGUACAUCAUGGCCGACUUCGCCUCCGGCAUUUACCAUUUCUUCCUCGAUAAUUAUGGGUCCCGAGAAACACCCAUUUUUGGGGAACAGAUUGCUGCUUUUCAGGGCCACCAUCAGUAUCCAUGGACGAUCACGCAUCGUGAUUUUUGCAAUAACGUAUUCAAGAGCUGCGUGAAUAGUUUAUUACCGCUGCUCCUGGUUGCAUUUAGUGGCGCAUGGGGCACAUCUGCUGAAUGGACAUCAAUCUAUUUACGGAGUUUCAGCUGCGUUUUCUUUCUCAGUGUUGCUUUUGCGCAGGAAUUCCACAAAUGGAGCCACAUGAUUCGGCCACCGAGCUUCGCCAUGUUUCUGCAACGAUCGGGAUGGCUCAUCAGCCAACGAGCACAUGGUCAACAUCAUCAAAGCCCCUACCACGAAAAGUACUGCAUUAUCUCGGGUUGGUGUAAUCAGUUGCUCGAUGAUACAGGCUUUUUUCGAGGCCUGGAAAUGUUGAUUUGGCAUGUUACCGGAGUGGAGCCCUUGACCUGGCGACUAGGAGCCUCCAGAAUCCCAAGCCCGACUCGCGAAUCUACAAAACAGGAGGCCAGUAGGUCAUAG